GAGAGAGAGAGAAAAAAGAGAGAAAAAUGUCCACCACAAACUCGCCGGUGCUUCCAUGGAAGACAAAGAUCAUCCUCAGCAUCCUCGACGUCUUUUCAGACGCUGUGCGUCGUACUAACGGCACCAUCAACCGCCGUUUGAUCAAUUUCAUGGAACCCAAAGUCCCCGCCAACAACAUACCCUUCCAGGGCGUCAAAACCUCCGACGUAACCAUUGAUGCCACUCGAAACCUCUGGUUUCGCCUCUUCACACCAACGGAAACCCCCUCUGAUGUUAGCCUCCCAGUCAUCACCUUCUACCACGGCGGAGGAUUCUGUCUCCUCAGUGCCGAUGCCAAAGCCUACGACUUCGUAUGCCGUCGAUUCGCCCGUAAAUUCCCCGCCGUAGUCGUUUCCGUCAACUACCGCCUCUCUCCUGAAUACCGAUUUCCGUCACAUUACGACGACGGAUUCGACACUCUUAAAUUCCUCGACGAAGCGAAAACCGAAAACUUUGGUUUUCCGGCGAAUGCCGAUCUCUCUCGGUGCUUCCUCGCCGGGGACUCUGCCGGGGGUAACCUUGCCCACCAUGUCGCCGUCAGAUCUGGGAAAGCUGAUUUCAAGAGAGUCAGAGUGAUCGGACAGAUCUCGAUCCAGCCAUUCUUCGGUGGGGAAAAGCUGACGGAGUCGGAAAUUAGGUUGGUGAAUGUGCCGCUUAUAGCCUCGGAGAGGACGGAUUGGAUGUGGAAGGUGUUCUUGCCGGAAGGAGAGAACAAAGAUCAUGAAGCGGUGAAUGUGUCGGGGCCGAGGGCAUUCGAUAUUAGGGGAGUGAAAUAUCCAGAGACAAUGGUGGUGGUGGGAGGGUUCGAUCCGUUGCAGGAUAGACAGAGAGAGUUCUACGAAUGGCUAAAGAGAUCUGGGAAGGAAGCCAAGCUGCUGGAGUAUCCAAAAUCUAUUCAUGCUUUUUACGUGUUUCCCGAACUGUUCGAAUCUUCCCUGUUUAUCGAGGAAGCCAUGGAUUUUAUUCGUAAGGUAUGCGAUAAGGUCAAGAACUGAA